ACGAUCAUAUACGACGUCCGCGGGCGCGUCGUCGCGACGUUAUCCUCGGAGGCGGUCAAGCUGAAGGACGUGUCCCCGGCGGUGUGGCAGGCGGUGGUGGCGUCGGAGGACCACCGAUUUUUUAAACACAAGGGGGUGGACGUCCGAGGGCUCACGCGCGCGAUCGGGUCUAUGGGGAAGAUGGGAGGCGGCAGCACGAUCACGCAGCAGCUCGUGAAGAACCUCGUGCUGUGCCAAGAUCGCACGAUCUCGAGGAAGAUAUCCGAGAUUUUACUCUCCCUGAAGGUCGAGACGCGGCUCACGAAGGAGGAGCUCUUGGAGGCGUAUCUGAACAACGUGUACUGGGGGCACGGCGUGUACGGCAUCGCCGGCGCCGCGGCGGCGUAUUUCGGCAAGUCGCCCGCGGAGUUGGACGUCGGCGAGAGCGCGCUGUUAGCGGCGCUGUUGCCCGCGCCGGAGGCGCUGUCGCCGUACGCGAACCCCGCGGGGGCGAAACGGGUGAGGAACCAAAACCUCGCGGCGAUGGCGAGGCACGGGUACCUCACCGAACCGGCGGCGAAAACGCUCAUGAAUACGCCGUUGGGCCGCGGCGGCGCCGCGCCGUACCGAGCGCCGUUUUUCGUCUCCGAGGUUUUGUUCCACCUCAAAACCUUAUUCGAAGGUCAGGACGUUUUAUCCACGGGCGGGUUAAAAGUCCACACGACGAUGGACCUCGCGCUACAAGAGAAAGCGGAGCAGCUCACGUUAGAAGACGGGAUGGUGAUGAUGCGCGGAGAGGACAAAGGCGAAGCCGCGAUCGUGGCGAUCGACCCGGCCACGGGCGCCGUGCGCGUGUUGAUCGGCGGCCGCGAGUACUCGCAAUCGCCGUACAACCGCGCGGUAUUAUCCAAACGCUCCGCGGGGUCGACGUUCAAGCCGUUCGUGUACCUCACCGCGCUGCAGGAGGGCGUCGUGAACCCGUCCACGCUGCUUCAAGACGAGGAGAUCGUGUUCGAAGUCCCCGACGGCGAAGAGCCCACGUACACGCCUCUGAAUUACUCGCGAAAGUUUAAGGGCACGGUGAGCCUGCGCGACUGCCUCGUCGAGUCCCUCAACGUCCCGACCGUCAAAGUCGCGGAGAUGACCGGCAUCGACAAGAUCAUCGAGAUGAGCUCGAAGCUCGGGAUCACGUCGACGCUCCCGAACGCGUUAUCGCUCGCGUUGGGCUCGUGCGAGACGACGCCGUUGGAGAUGACCGUCGCGUACGCGUCCAUCGCCGCGGGGGGCAUAUACAGCAAGCCGCACCUCAUCACCAAGGUGCGAGACCGGACCGGCGCGGUGGUGUACAGGCACAAGGGGCGGCGGAAGCUCGUCGCGAAUCGAGCCGCGUGCGCGGCGCUUCACGGGAUGUUACGCGCGGCGGUGACGAGAGGCACCGGGCGAUCCGCCGCCGUGGGUUGGCCCGCGGAGAAAGUCGCGGGGAAGACGGGGACGUCGGACGACUACCGCGACGCGUGGUUCGCGGGGUACACCCCGCAGCUCGCGUGCGUGGUGUGGUGCGGGAGGGACGAUAACAGCUCGCUGCCGGGAACCGGGUCCGAGUGCGCGGCGCCGCUGUGGGCCAAGUUUAUGCGCGCCGCG